UAAACCACAAAUUUAUUUUUCCCUGAAGCUAAAAUAAACUAAAUUCUUUCCUUUAUAUGGCCGGAAGAAUCUCAAUCUCUCUCUCAAUAAUUCUCAAAGCUUCUCCAAAUUUUUAGUAAAAGCCGUCCUGUAGCAGGUUCCUCUCUGUCACUCCUAUCUUUUUGUAAAUAAAUAUCUUCUAAUUUUAAUUUUUGGAUAAAUAUAUAUAAAUAAUAAUAAUAGGUCCAUAGAUUCCGUUUCUGGAUAAUAUGUAUGUAUAAAUCAAUAUGUACCUGUAAAUUUGUGGUGUUUAUUUCGAGGGUUUAUUAAAAUUGAGAUAUUUGAGCUACCCAUAAUCUAGUUGAAGCUUUUUAGAUCAAUUAGAUUAAUGGGUUUUAUGGGUCUUUGAUAUAUUUUCCUUUCUGACUAGGGUUUACUUAUUGUAUGCUUAAAGUUUGGAGCUUAAUUUGUUGGAACUUGUAUUAGGAAUAAAUAAUAUAAGGGAUUUGCUUGUUUUGUAUAAAUUGGUCAAGGUGAAUUAAGCUUGGUCUGGGAGGGAAGAGAGGAAUUUGUGUUUUACAGGGAGAUAAAAUAUAGGUUGUGAAAUAAUUGAAUUGUUAAUUGGUGGAGAUGGUUGAGGCAAUUACAACCACCUCUUUUAUUGGGUGCCGGCUACCUUAUGGUUGCCGGGCUCUUGGGGAUGCUGGUUACAUGAAAAGAUCUCUUGGGAAUUGCCGAUUUUCGGUUGCUAGAUUUGUAGGUAGAAAAAUUGCUGGGAAUGAAUGUUUGUGCAAAAAGAGAGUUGAGAGGAUUGAUAUGGGGUCAAGAGGUUUGAUCAAAGCUCUUGCAAUGGAGUUGACAAAGGAGGCUUACUUGGAUAAAAAGAAGGAUCGAAUACCACGCUCGUGGAACUACAGCCUUGAAGCUGAUACCGAUCUAAGGCCGGGUGUAUGGCCGCCUAAUAACAAGGCGGAUAAUCCGUCUUUACAUAAUCCUUUACUUAGGCUAGAAAGGAUGGGUUGUGGGUGGUUAGGUGCUAUAUUUGAGUGGGAAGGAGUUGUAGUAGAUGAUAAUCCUGAUCUUGAGAAACAAGCUUGGUUAACUCUUUCUCAAGAAGAAGGAAAGUCGCCUCCACCGACUUUCCUUUUGAAAAGGAUAGAAGGAAUGAAAAACGAACAAGCGAUUUCUGAAGUUCUUUGUUGGUCUAGAGAUCCGGCUGAAUUGAGGAGGUUGGGUUCUAGGAAGGAGGAGAUAUAUCAAAGGUUACAAGGUGGUAUUUACAGAUUGAGAUCUGGGUCUCGGGAAUUCGUGGAUGUUUUGAUGGCGUAUGAGAUUCCUAUGGCACUUGUAUCUACCCGCCCACGAAAAAACUUGGAGGCUGCAAUUGGAGAUAUUGGAAUCGAAGGGGUGUUUAGUGUGAUUGUUGCAGCUGAGGACGUUCACAGGGGUAAGCCUGAUCCUGAGAUGUUCAUUUAUGCAGCACAACUUCUGAAAUUUAUACCCGAAAGGUGCAUUGUAUUUGGAAACUCGAACCAGACAGUGGAAGCAGCGCACGAUGCCCGAAUGAAGUGUGUUGCCGUUGCUAGCAAGCAUCCGGUUUAUGAGCUUGGAGCUGCUGAUUUGGUUGUCAGGCAUUUAGACGAGCUUUCAGUUGUGGAUUUAAAGAACCUUGCUGCGGUAGAAUCACCUGAAUUUCAAGAACCGGAGUUGGAGAUGGAGGAAGAAUUUGAAGAAGAACGGUUUUCAUCGACAACAACAGGAGUGGAAGAUAACUUCUGGUAGCACACCCAAAUUGUACAGUAUGUUGUCUUCUGUUUGUUGGUAAAAAUGUUAUUUUUUUUUCCUUUUGUGUAUAAAUUAGGACCAAAAAAGCAGAAAUUGGGAUGGUCUAUAUAACUACAUUGACUAUCUUUGUUAUUCUUAUGUAUGUGGCUUCUGUUCAAUAUACAAGUUUAUUGCUUCA